AUUUCCUGUCAGUUGGUAUGAAACGGUUUCACUAGUUGAUGUGGUGUUGGUUUACUUCAUUUGCUUAACUUAAUUGGAUGUGUACAUGUUUAGCACAGUUUCAAAGUAAUACGCUACGAAUCUUUGUGUUGUUGCGUUUAUAUGUGUAGUUUUUGAAGUAAACACUUCCUCACGCUUCCCUGAUUCGUACCUGUAUGUACGUGUAUACAUGCCAGAAUAUGAAGAGUCUUUCAUCCUUUAUUUUCCAAAACGUUACUCGUAAAUUUAACAUACUGACUAAACAGAAAAAUAACUUUUCAUCAACACAUUUUGGAUUUGAAACAGUGGCUGUUGAAGACAAACAAUCAAAAGUCAACCAUGUAUUUGAGAAUGUUGCCAAAAAAUAUGAUUUGAUGAAUGAUGUGAUGAGCUUCGGUGUGCAUAGAUUAUGGAAAGAUUUCUUCGUCGAUCAAAUUAUGCCAACAGAUAAACUAAGGUGUUUAGAUGUUGCCGGUGGGACAGGUGAUAUCGCCUUUAGAAUAAUGAAAUAUGCUAGGCAUAUUAAUGUUGUACCGGAAAGUUUUGAAUUGAAACAAUCUGUUGGUCCUGAAGUCACAGUUAUACAAACAUGGGUGGAAGGAAAUGCUGAGAAUCUUCCAUUCAGUGAUAACUCAUUCGAUGUAUAUACCAUUGCUUUUGGAAUACGCAACUGCACAUACAUUGAAAAGGUUAUUUCAGAGGCGCAUCGUGUCCUACGUCCUUGGGGUCGUUUUUAUUGUUUAGAAUUCAGUAGAGUUGAAAAUUAUUUAUUCAGAAAGAUCUAUGAUGCAUACUCUAUGCAAAUGAUUCCAGUGAUUGGACAACUUAUUGCAGGUGAUUGGAAUUCCUAUAAAUACUUAGUUGAAAGUAUUCGUAAAUUUCCAGAUCAAAAGGAAUUCGCUGAGAUAAUUGAACAAUCAGGAUUUAUUGAUGUUAACUGGACAAAUUAUUCUGAUGGUAUUGUUGCUGUUCACAAAGGUUUCAAGAUUCCUUCUAUCAAGUAG